AUGCCAGAUAGCACUGCGGAGGAUGCUGAGUUUAUCUCUUACAUCUCCAACAUCCGUGGAUUUUAUGUCGCUGAUCCCACUCGUGAUUCUCGAGAGGCCACUGAUUUUUUGGCUGCCAAGGUUCCACUCACCCCUGGCGGUAACUUCACGCUCCAACUUCUUUCUUUGUUCGUCGAGUUCAUUUUUGAUUUGGCCGAUGUGUUGAGUGAUUUCGAUCGGCUUGCUAGUGAACUCAUUUUCUUUCAGAUUCUUGAUAUCAUUUGUGAUUUUAGUGAGGCCAUUAUGUUUUUUACCAUCAACUUCCCACUGUUGCUCACUAUUUGUAAGCCCCUUGCUUCGCAUCUCAGUCAACUUAUCGCUGACUUUCUGCUGCAACUCACCUUGGAGCCUUGUAAGAUCAUCGGUGACAUCCUUGACACCUGUCUCAAUUGCAGGGUGCUGUCUGGACAAGGUAUCUUGCUGAUGCUUAAGGUCACUAUUAAUAGAGUCAAGACCGUUAAUAUCUUUCUCAUCCCACCUACCUUUAGUGAGGCCCUUGCCUUUCAAAUUGUUCAAAGCAUUGAUGACGCCAUCAUUCUGGCCUGGUUUACCUUGCAGCACAUGUCGAAGGUUCCCAAGCUCUCUUUUAAUUGA